UUCUACAAGAGAACAAAGAUAAUGCCCCCAAAGCGGCGUUUAUCUACUAGCGAGGGCGGAGGGGAGGAUGAAGGAACUUCCGCCUUGGACGGCGGUAAAAAGAAGAAGAAAAUGGACAUUUCUACUCAAAUGCAGAGUGUUCUUGAUUUUAUCCGGAAGUCCAAGAAGGAAGACGGAAACGCUUUGUGUGAACACACUCUUAGACUUCCGAACAAGAGAUCCGAGCCAGGAUAUUAUGAGAGUAUAGAGAACCCUAUUGACGUGAUGAAAAUACAACAAAAACUCAAAACUGAUGAAUACUCGUCAUUUGAAGAUUUUAAGGCUGAUUUUGAUCUACUAGUAAGCAACACAAAGAACUACUAUAAGAAAGGAAGUGCUGAGAAUAAAGAGGCUCUAGAGCUUGAAACAGUCUUGGUCAAAGCUCUAGCCGCAGCGCAGAACGGAGAGGAUGUUGCAACAGUAGCUACGGACAAAGAGGAGAAGGAGGAAACCUGCAUCACCGAGUUCCUGGAGGAGUUCCUGGGAACCCUGAUGACAGCUGCUGAUCCGACGGAACCUGACCGGAACCUGAGCACAGUGUUCCAACUCCUCCCUAGUAAACGAAGAUACCCAGAGUAUUAUGAGGUCACUCCGGAGCCCAUUGAUCUAAGAACAAUUGCGGUCAAGAUACAGGAGAACAAAUAUACUGGAAUAGGUGAGAUGGAGGAUGACCUGCAGCUGAUGUUGAGGAACGCGACCAACUUUAACGAACCUGGGAGUCAAAUUUACAAGGAUGCAAAGGUUCUUGGUAAGCUGGUAAAAUCUAAGAAGCUAGAGCUAGACGCCAGCCUUUUGGCCAAACAGAACAGAGGCGCCAAGUCAAGCAGGCGCCAGUCAAGACAGGUGUACAGUGCUAUGCUAGUUGACCUCCAAUACGAGGACAGUGAUUCGGAAAUGGAGGACGAGGAUGAGGAGGACGUGAUACCACGUGGUGAUCCUAUUUGGGAACUGUAUACAACUGUAAGGAACUAUAGUACUACUACAGGAACAGAUCUAGCAGAGGCGUUCCUCUCCCUCCCAAGCAGGCGUGAGUUGCCUGAUUACUAUCAGACUAUCUCGGAUCCUAUUUCCUUGAACCAGAUAAAGAAGAAACUCAAAUUGGGGGAGUACAUCACCGUCACCGACCUGGCCAAGGACAUGGACAAAAUGUUUGAGAACUGCAAGACAUAUAACCGUCCCGACUCGAAGCUGUACAAGGACGGGGCCAAACUGCAGAAGGUGAUGAGGAGCAAGAUGGAAGAGCUGGAGGAGGAUAUAGAGGCUAUUCCCAUCCUGGAGGAGGUCAAAAAAUCCCCCAAAGACCCGAAGGAGCAGAUGCGGAAACGGCUUAAGGUUCUCUACAACAGUAUCCUCACCUGGACCAACACGGACAACAUACAACCAAUCGGAGUCUUCAUGGAGAAACCGGACCGGAAAACUUACCCUGACUACUUCGAUAUCAUAUCGGAGCCCAUUGACAUGAAAACGAUCAACGACAAGAUUAUGACAAACAGCUACAGGUCGGAGGAGGAAAUGUUGUCCGACUGUAAACUCAUGUUUUCCAACUGUAGGUUGUACAAUGAGGAAGGAAGCUCUAUCUACGAGGACGCCAACAUCCUGGAGAGAGUUCUCAUGAACAAAGCGAAGGACAUGGGGAUUAUCACCACCAUUGAUAAGAUGAAGAAGAGGAAGGGUGGAUUGGCGCAGAAGAUUAAAACCUUGUUUGAUACCUUGAAAGAUUACAGGGAUGCCAAGGGGAGGCAGUUGUCCCUCAUCUUCUUAAAGCUCCCUAGUAAGCACGAGUACCCUGACUAUUAUGAUAUCAUCAAGCGCCCCCUGGACAUGGAGAAGAUCUCCGCUAAGAUUCGCGCGAACAGUUAUGAUACUCUUGAGGACGCUGUCGCCGACUUUACCCUGGUCUUCGACAACGCUUGUAAGUAUAACGAGCCUGAUUCUCAGAUUUACAAGGACGCGCAGUCGCUUCAAAGAUUAGGGCAUCAGACUGUCCGUCAUUUGACUGAAGAUGACGGGACUCCGGACGCCAGGGCGGCAGUUCAGGACAUUCUUGGCAACAUCUACCACACUAUUUUCACCGCACAGGACGGUGAAGAGCGUUGUUUUGCUGAUAGUUUUGCUGAGUUGCCGGAGCAUGAUGAAAUCGGCGGGAAGAAGGUUCGAGCUCUGAGUUUAGAAAUUAUCAAACGGCGGGUUGAUCGGGGUCUCUACCGCCGACUAGACAUGCUCCAGCGUGACGUAUUCUUGGUCCUUGCCAGGGCCAGGAAACUGUCAAGGACAGACAGCCAGGUCUUUGAGGACUCGGUUGAGCUUCAAAGCAUAUUUAUCAAGGCUAGAGAUCAGUAUGGAGAGAAGGGGGCUAGGUUAGUCUCUAAAGCUUACACCUACACACUUGAAACACUUCAGGAAGAAAUCGCGGCUUUCAAGUCAUCACGUGGUAACGAAACUCCGGCCGAGGAUGAAAAUAAUGAUAAAUUAAAUGAGACCGGAGCUGAGGAUUGGAAUGGAGAAACUGGGAUGGUGGAUAACACCAAGACCCAGUUCCAUGUUGGAGAAUUCGUCUACGUUAUGCCGGAGGAGAAUGCAAUGGAGCCUCACAUUUACCAUGUUGAGAGAUUGUUUGAAAAGAACGGAUCAAAGACAAUUUGGGCGAGACAGUUCUUUAGACAGAGGGAGACAUUCCACGUACCAACCCGCACCUUCUUCGAGAAGGAGGUCAUGCAAGGAGACAUUCACAACUCUAUUCCCAUCUCCAACGUGAUCGGGAAGUGCUUCGUCAUGGCGUUCAAGGACUACAUCAAGUACAGACCGGAGGGGUUUGAGGAGAAGGAUAUAUUUGUCUGUGAAUGGAGAUAUACAAGUAAAAUCAGAAACUGGAAGAAGAUUAAGCCGAGCAGCUUCUGGGACACCCCCUCACACAUCACCAUUGUGCCUAGGGACAAGGUCUUGGAGCCCAAAAAGAUUGCCUCUGUCUUCAAGGACAGGAUAGAGAAGCACAAGGAGGAGGUGGAAGAGAUUGAAGCUCUGGAAAAGGUUGUGGAGGAGGACGUGCCCAAGAACAUCGUGUGGGAGGAGGGAGCCGACGACAGCUUGACAUACUGGGAGCAGUUCACCAUCCCCGGGCCCAUCUCCGUCCGACGAGGGGACCACGUUCUCGUCCGCGGCGAGGGGAACAGGAACAUGGUGGCCCAGAUUGAUACCAUGUGGACCGGGGCAGAUGCUAUGACGUAUUUUAAUGGUCCUUGGUUCGUUGUUCCGGCGGAACUUCCGCCCCAACCUGACCGUAAGUACUACAAGGCGGAGGCUUUUCUAUCCACUAUUAGUGAUAGUAAUCCUCUCCUCUCUGUAGUUGGACGCUGUGUUGUACUAGAUUACAAAGAUUACUGUAAUUACCGACCCACACAGUACAACGAGGAAGAUGUUUACGUCUGUGAAAACCUGUUCGACGAGGCCAAGCGUCAAAUUCGUCCACUGCCGACGGGACUCAAGAAGUACCGGCUCUCGAACAAAGUUUUUGUAGACGAAAUCUACAAUUUCCGCACUCCCCUCCACCCCGAGAAGGAGUUUUUAACACCUGUUGUUGUACCACGUGUCACUGCGCCCAGUCCAACCUUUGAUAUGAACGAGGAUAGUAUGGACGCACCGCCGUCUAUAGGUUCCGUUGAAGCAUCACCGAUCACCAAGGUGAUACCAGUGAAGAAACCGGACCGAAAGAAGCUGGUCACGGCGUACAUUCUGUUUUCGGCGGACGUUCGGCGGAUAACAAUGGAGGAAAAUCCAGGAGUUAAAUUUGGCGAGAUUUCUAGGAUUGUUGCGGAGCGCUGGCGAGCGAUGCCUGAGACAGACAAAGUGAUGUACGCAGAAAGAGCAAAGAAGUAUAAUGAAGAGAAGGAGAAGGAGGAGAUAAGAAAGGAAGAGGAGAGGAAAAGACAAGCAGAGUUGGCAGCGAGGAAUCCCCAACCUGCCAGUCCUGGACCAAAUACUCCUGCAGGCGGAAGGUCUCGAUCUGAUAGCGGUAGUAAAGGGGACCCACUGUUCCACGUUGUACCGCCUAAACCCCAGCGUCUGCUGCACAGUGAAGCGUACAUAAAGUACAUAGAAGGAUUAUCAAGAGAAAACAAGACAAUGUGUAAUUGGGACAAACAGCUUACUGCUACAAAUGAGAUUAUACGCGUACCAGACGAGACUAAGCUACCAGCUAGCUGGCUAUCAGGAACAGGAGAAAACACUACCUCUACAGAAGCUCUUUGGGCGCUUAGAGACUUUAUGAUGCAUGAGGCUUUAGGGGUCGUCAAGAUUAUGUAAUUAAUUAAUCGUGUAAUUAUGUAAUUAUAUUUAGACUGCAAUACUAUGGAGGCAUACACAUGUUAAUGUAACUUUCUUGGUCAUGUGACUUUGUAAUCAUUGGACGUAACAUUUUUAGGUUAUUACUAUAUUUUUUAAUCAUUGGACUUUGAAAAAGUAACAGAAAUCAUAGAAAAAUACUGAUACAAUUCACUUUGCUAGUACUACGGUUUAGUUGCUAAGCCUUAUUCCUGUUGUUGAGCUGGGUUGCUAAAUUGACAGUUAACGUAUGCUUGUAUUUAUGAAUAUAUUCUAAACUAUAUACCUUUUUCUCUGGUGUUCAAUGCACGUAACCUAUUUGUCUUUAAGUUUAAAUACAAUUUUUGACUUAUUA